GUAGAGGGAAAGCCGUCCAGUCUCUCCCCAGCCAUCUCCCAGAGGCAGCUGCCAGAGACACCGAGAGCAGCUUCCAGCAAGGACCCGAGCCGGCAGCGAUUUAAGAGGGGGGAGGCCUCGUGACCCGUCGCCGUGGGAGACCCAGGGAGAGCGCACUCCGGUGCCGAACUCAGGGCGGCCGUCCUGACCACAGACGUCCAAAAUCAAGGGUGAGGACAGGAGCACCCCGAAGAGCACAGAGACCCACACAGAGGAGCGAUACACAAAAGGGACCGUCCGACGUUUGGAGAGGAGAGGAAGAGAGGAGAGGAGAGGAGAAGAAGAGAGGAGAGGAGAGGAGAAGAAGAAGCAGCAGAAGACUGACCCUGCUCUGUUACCCCCCUCCCCUCCACCACCCCCCACCCCUGGGACUGUUUGGUACGAUAAUCUCCAGCUGAUUCGCAGUGGUCUAUCAGAAUUCGGACGAGAGACGGGACAGAGCCGCACUGGCGGGGAAAACACACAGAUACAUUUCUGCCAAAAAGAGAAGCUUCUUUCUUCAAUUUUUAAUAGCUUGGCUUGUUUUCCCUUUUCUUUCUUUUUUAGCUGCUUAACUAUUUAUUUCUCAUUUUUAAUAGAUUUUUUUUUUCCGAAGGGCAGUUUAUGUGGAGGACAGUGUUUUGAGAAAGUUUCCAAGAGGAGAGAGGAAGAGACGGGGAGAAAGUGAGUGAGCGAGAGAGAGAAGGAGAAAGAGAAAGUAGAAAGUAGAGAUAAUGGCGAAUUCGGGAUUCCAGCUGCUGGGCUACUUCCUGGCGCUGGGCGGGUGGAUUGCCAUCAUCUCCACGACGGCGCUGCCGCAGUGGAAGCAGUCGUCGUACGCGGGCGACGCCAUCAUCACGGCGGUGGGCCUGUAUGAGGGGCUGUGGAUGUCCUGCGCCUCCCAGAGCACGGGACAGGUGCAGUGCAAGGUGUUCGACUCCCUGCUGUCACUGGACGUGCAUGUCCAGACGUGCCGCGCCCUGAUGGUGCUGUCGGUGCUCCUGGGCUUCUUCGCCAUCAUCAUCAGCGUUGUGGGGAUGAAGUGCACCCGGGUGGGGGACAGCAACCCCAUGAUCAAGGGCCGCAUCGCUGUGUCCGGGGGCGUCCUCUUCCUCCUCGCAGGGCUGUGCACGUUGGUGUCUGUUUCCUGGUACGCCACUCAAGUGUCCUACCAGUUCUUCAACCCCAACACACCUGUAAACGCCAGGUUCGAGUUUGGCUCCGCCCUGUUUGUGGGCUGGGCGGCGGCCAGCCUAACCAUACUGGGAGGGUCUUUCCUGUGUUGUUCCUGCUCCCCUGACGACAGGAGAGGGCAGCAGUACUACAGCCAAUCACAGCCCUCCACGGCCAGGGAGGUAGAGUUGUUGACCGAAAGCAGCUCCCCUGACUGAUCGAACCCCUGCUCUCGUGACGAGGAUCUCUCCCUCCGGUCCUGCUCCUUGUUCUGUGUCCUGAUUUAUAAUAUGGACCCUCUUCCUCUUCCCUCCUCUUCUUCAGUCAUUUAC